AUGAGAAGAGACGUGCAGGCGAUCUUUCGUAAAACACCUCAUAGUAAACAAGUAAUGAUGUUUAGUGCCACUUUAAGUAAAGAAAUUCGACCAGUAUGUAAAAAGUUUAUGCAAAAUCCGUUAGAAAUUUAUGUUGAUGAUGAAACCAAACUUACAUUACAUGGUCUUCAACAAUAUUACAUUAAACUAACAGAGGCUGCUAAAAACCGGCAAUUGAAUGAUCUUUUAGAUACACUUGAAUUCAAUCAAGUAUGUAUCUUUGUUAAAUCGGUUCAACGUGCCAAUGAAUUAAAUAGACUUUUAUGUGACUGCAAUUUCCCGAGCAUUUGUAUCCAUGGUUCCAUGAAACAAGAAGAAAGGAUUGCAAGAUACAAAUCUUUUAAAGAUUUUCAAAAAAGGAUCAUGGUUGCUACAGAUGUGUUUGGACGAGGAAUUGACAUCGAACGGGUCAAUAUAGUUAUCAACUAUGAUAUGCCUGAUGGCCCUGACAGUUAUCUGCAUAGAGUUGGUCGUGCUGGACGUUUUGGUACCAAAGGAAUUGCAAUUACUUUUGUGGCUAAUCAAGAGGAUGCUGACACUUUAUUCAAAGUUCAAGAAAGAUUCGAGGUGAACAUAACUGAAAUGCCAGCUGAAGUUGAAAUAAAUGAUUACAUGGCCUCAUAA